AUGUCAAAUGAGAGUAAGAAUUGUCAAUUAAAAAAAAAUAAUUUUUUACUGAAUCAUAACUACUACGCAGGCAGACCAACGAGCAUCAACAGGUACGCCCCCACCAAGUUAGAAGACGUUCUCGAGUGGGAGCUGAUAUCCAAGACCCUGUACUCCCACAGGGACCUCAACCCGAGGAAGAGGAUCGGGUCUUCCUUGAAAGAGGGACUGGGCGACAUCACCAGAGAGAUAAUGCAACUGAUCAACUCGUUCUCCAAGCAAAGGGGCAGAGUGAUAGACUUCAAGGAGAUCCUGUACGGCUACUGGAGGUUGGACCCCGUCUACGGGGUGGACCUCAUCCUCGACAUGCUGCUGGUCUACAAGAAGUACAGGGGCCACAAGAUGACGGUACAAGUGAGGAGGCACGCCUACAUCCAGCAGACCUUCACAGGGAUCUUCGUGAAGGAAGUGGACAACCACGAGUACCCCGCGGCGUCCCAGUACCCCCCCAGCACCGAGCCGCUGCCCGUCCACAAGAAGCUGGUCCACCAGCUCUUCUCCAAGCUGAGCGAGAACCUCCAGCCGAUCCUGAACCUCCCCAACGCCACCAGGAAGACCUACGUCAACUUCGUCCUCCCCCUGAGCGGACGGUUCGACACCUUCCGCAGGUUCCUCCGGACGUACGAGGACGUCUGCCUCAAGGAGAAGGAAUACUCCCGCCUGUACGUCGUCCUGUACCGAAACGACGACAGUCCGACGGACUUCGAGAAAACCGCCAGGCUCCUCGAGGACGUCAGCCGGAAAUACGACGAUAGCGAGAUUAGAGUAAUACGCUCGAACGAUACUUUCGCCAGAGGCAAAGCGUUGCAACUCGGCGUGAACGCCCUGUCGGACGAGGAACUUCUGCUGUUCAUCGACGUGGACAUGGUCUUCGACAGGAAGAGCCUGGAGCGGGUGCGCAGGAACGCGGCACGGGGCAGGGCGAUUUACUUCCCCAUAGUGUACAGCCUGUACGACCCCGCUCUGUCGAACAAGUCUUACACGGACGCGGAUCACGAGGCGUUCACAUCGGAUUGCAUCGACGAAGAGACGGGCUUCUGGCGGCAGUUCGGUUUCGGCAUCGUCGGUCUCUACAAGUCCGACUACCUCGCCCUCGGAGGCUUCAAUCUGAUGAUCUCCGGGUGGGGCUACGAGGACGUGACGUUCUACGAUAACGCGGUCAAGUCGGGGCUGAGGAUAGCGAGGAGCGUCGAUCCCGAUCUCGUCCACGUGUUCCACUCGGUGAGGUGCGACGACCACCUCGACAUCGAACAGAAGAGCAUGUGCGUGGGGACCAGGGCGAGUACGUUGGGGUCGGUGGGAAGGCUGCAGUCGGUUUAUCUGAGGCACAGGGACUUGUUCAGGUAGCGGCGGCGGUUCGAUGGGUUCUCGUCUGUGAUUUUUUUUUUUGUUGUUGGGCGCCGAAAAUUUUUGUUGUGUACUCGAGAGGAUGAAAGGGUUGUAGGAAAUUUAAAACUGAAGUUUUAUGAAAAAUUGGAGUUCGGUCGCCACACCGAAUUAAGUUGGGAGGCGUUGCGACUCCCACUUUUAAGAUAAAAGGAAGUUUUAUUCGAUUUGGUUAGUCUCUCUGGAAUUAUUUUUAUUUUUGUAUGUUUAAAAUUUAAUUUUGAGAUGUAGGCAACUAGUAAAUAAGUUUGGCGUUCUGGUUGCCUAAAUACGUUAUUUAAUUGUGAUCGUAAUGGAAUGUAGGCAACCAACAGUACAAGCGUGAUGUUCUAGUUACUUAUUUCACUUUGAUUGUUAUGAGAUAUAGGAAACUGUCAUUAAUCUUCCUUGCAGAUAAAGCAAACUAUCUCGUUUGUAUUUGUUUUGAAACGCAUAGAAUCAACAUCUGGGCACCGACAAUUUGGCUAAGCAGUAAAGACGAUCCAUAUUCUAUUACGGAUCAGUGGUGGAAACGAAUGGAGAAGAAUUUUGAAGGACAGGCAACCAGCGAUACAAGCGGUUGCUUUUAUGGUUGCCUAUCUACCUGUUAAAUCCGGACGAAAAAAUGUUUUGAACGAGUUUUUGUAUGUUUGGAAUUAGAAAAAGACAAGAUGGAUAGUUCGUCGACCGAUUUAGGUGUUUUUUUUUUUUGAAAAAAUAACUACCGCUACCGUAACAGCCAAACUAAGAAUUGUACCAAUUAUUUAUUGCAUUUACCACGCAUUUAUGACAUAAUUUAAGUGAAAGACCAUAUUUUAUAUCCUUUAAUAAUUUCCGUGUUGUUCGAUUUUCGAAUCGAGAACCACUUGAUUCCUAACGUUAAUGUCGUUCGACAUUAAUAUUUCUGUGCUGUAAGAUAGAACCUUAAGAGAAUUGUUGUGAUAAACGGACUAAAACGGACAAUUUCUAAAUGUUUACUCUUCCACAUUCACAAUAAAGACCUUUAUACAGGGCGUAUCGCCGCCGGGAGAACUGCUAUCGUAGAUUCCAGUUAUUUCAACAACGUUUCAAAAAUUCGGAGGUACCUUCGACGACAACUGGGAUAUUUCGGUAGCGUAACUUUCGUGGCCACCCCGUGUAUAUCGCCGAUUUACUGCCAUAGAUCUGCUCAAGAGAUUUCGACGUACGGCUCUUUUCUAUGAGAAAUAGAAAAAUAUUUUCUAAAAAAAUAGAAUUACUCACCUUUGUUGCUUUUGUGGGUCUUGUAGAACGGAGCUGUCGCUUUUUUUAUAGACCAAAUUGUGAUUUAAAACUUAGCAAAUAUCUUAGCGAUGUAAGUGUAUGUGAUUAAAACGAUUUGUAAAUUUAGCAUCAAAUA